CUACCAGCUCAGAAAAGGAAAUAAAAGAAAUGCGGCGGCUGGGCUUUUCUUAACCUAUUAUAAAAGGCCACUUCGAUCUACUUCCCCGACCAUACGCACAAUCACAACCCGAGUCUCCCUCUUUCUCUCUAUUGAAUCUCUGGCGUCGGAUUAGUUUUUCUUGUCUCGAUUUACAGAAGCUUGAGUUCGUUUUGAUUUUGAAGAAGAAGUAGAAAUUGUAGGGAAGAAACUAAUGGGAAUCCCAUCAGAAAUGAGAGAUUACUUCGCACAGACGAUCAGAAACAACAAGAACAACACUUCCUUUGUGAUUCCUUCUCCAGCUGAGGAUCAAAGGAUGUUGGAAUCUAAACGUUGCACUGAAGAAGGUGCUCGUGCAGGAGCCAAGGCAGCUGCUAUCACUUGUGUUGUUACAGCCGUCCCUACUUUGACUGCUGUUCGUGUGAUUCCUUGGGCAAAGGCGAAUCUCAAUUAUACUGCUCAAGCACUCAUCAUCUCUGGCGCUUCAAUUGCUUCUUAUUUCAUCACUGCUGACAAAACUAUCCUGGAGUGCGCAAGGAGAAAUGCCCGAUAUGAGAAAAAAGACUGAGAUCCUAAAUGUUAUUCUCCCAAUUUUAAGUUGCAAUGAUGUGUACAAGUUCAGGAACUUGUUUUUGUGAUAGAGGUGUUGUAUUUCCAUAAGAAACCCAUUGUAACUCUAGUGAGACAAAACUUCUUUUGCGCUCUCACGAAGAUGUUUGUUACUGACUUAUUGAGUCGGCUGAAAUGAUUAAUGGGCUCAGCUGUUUACCUUUUUC